GCACAUACAGUAGUGGUGGGGGCAGCAGACGGAGCAGCAAGUAAUAAGGCCUUGACAAUCAGCUGGGGCUUGAGUCAUUCAGCUGGGCGAGCCAGCAGGGCAGCGGCCCCUACGUGCAGGCACCUCAACACCUCCAACUGUGGUCGUCACCGGCAGCCAGAAUGGAGGAGGCGGAGAUGGGGUGCUGCGUGUGUCAGGAGCGGUACGACGAGGGCCGCCCCCCGCGCAACCUCGGGUGUGGUCACUCGGUCUGUACUCAGUGCGUCCAAGAGAUCAUCAACAGGAAUCGCAAAUGCCCUGAGUGCCGUCGUCCCUUCUACGCCACCAUGGCCGUGGCUCUUCCCAUAAACUACCCACUGCUCAGACUCUCCAGAACCCUGGCAGCUUUAAGUCUCCAGCAGGGGGCGCAGGCGGGGCCUUCCACAAGCAGCAGCCAGAGUGCGAGCGUGACGGACGCGGGCGAGUGUGGCGCGCAUGUGUCCCGGAUGGGUGAGCGCUGCAUGACGUGCAAUGUGUGGGUGUGCAAGGAGUGCCUGGUGAUGGACCAUGUCGUCCCCCCCGACGGUAACUGUCAUAUAUUACCCGUCAGUUUAGCUUUAGAGGAAAUGAAGAAGACUCACAUGGAGAACAUAUCCACCAUGUAUCUCACCCUCCAGGGACUCAAAAAUGAGGUGGCUAACCAAAUUUCUCAACUGGAAAACAAUAAAAGUCUGCAUGAUGAUACACUCUCCAGUCUUCGGGAAAUUUUACAGGGUGAACUGGACGUUAUCCAAGAGGUGGAGGCCAAGAAGAAAGAAGCGACUGACAAGAUGUCCGAGGUGGACUGCUGGGUGGAGUCGCUGAAGGAGUCGGAGGCCUGCAUAGUCCAGGCAGCGACAGUGAGAGAACUGGCCAGUGCCAAGCUUGCAGCACGGGUCUGUCUGGCCAACGUGAACGACCACAUCCAGCAAGAAAGAGAGCGUCAGGCAAUCUUCAACAGGACCAUGCCCCAGUUCGGUCCUCAGAAUCUGCGAGGAGUGCUGCAGAUGGCCAAGAGGAUGUACGUGGUGCAGGAGAGUGAAGGUGAGAGGCGGUGGGCCAGAGUGAGUGUCCACGACUGUCUGCUUCAUCUUCACGUACUCCAACACCAGCCUCCCCCGCCCCCUGCACUCAUCUUCUCGUACUGGAGCGUGAGGUCUCUGGUGCCACAGGACUCCCCGUCAGCCUUCCUAGACCUGGGCUGGGGUGGCCAUACACACGGCCGGGUCUACCUCCGCAUGUUAGGGGACACCGCGCGGGCCCAGCAGUUCCUCUACCUGUGUUCUGGAGAGAAGGGGCCCUCCUAUUUCAAGACGCGACUCUUCGAUGUCGACAGGGUCGGGGAGAAGGGAGAAAUCAUUCGAGGGGGUGACUAUGAGAACAAUAACGGUACGGGCGGAGCUGCCAUUGUGGAGGGAGUGUUUAGUGGCGAGGUGUACCUGAGGGAAGCUGUGGCCGGGCUACUGGUGGGAGCCCAUGAGAGACAGACGCAGAGGCUGGGUGUGUUCGGGAUCAUCCUCAGUGCCUGGCCGCACAAGAAGACUGAUACGGGAUUUGGUCAGGUCACGAGCGGCCUCGGCACUCUCAGGUCGGCCGCCAGGCACAAGCCCAUCACAGAUGUCACAGUGGAAAACUGUGGCCUUGUGAUUCCUCUCUAGUGUUCUGUGACUUGGGGAUAACAAAUUUUCUUGCGAGAAAUUCCCUCAUCUAGGAGCGAAACUUACCGGAGAUUUAUAGUAAAAUUUUCCGAUUUUCGCUGGGACAGGAAAUAGUUGUAGUCAUGAAAUAAGAAUGACAUAUCUUUUAUGCGUAUACGUACCAAGCUGCAGUAUUAAUCCCAUGUCCCGCUCAGGUGUAUAUGGUCAACUGUGUUGCUGUGAUAUUCCUUGGUCUCCGUAUUAUUGCCAGGUUCUAAUAAUUUCUUCCACUGUUUUGUUCCUGUAAUUCCUGCUGAAUGUUUAUACACCAUUUAUAUAUUAAAAUAUUGUUAUUA